AAAUAAAAUAAAAAAAUAAAAAAUAAAAAUGAAAUAUUUUCACUUUACCUUACUAAAACUGUACAAUAAAAGCAGUUACCAAGUAAGAAUUACAUUUACAAUGUUCAGUCCAUUUGUAUUUUUCAAUUUCAGAGAAAACACUCCAUGAUCCAUCCCAUUUUAGUGACUGCAAAGUUUGACACUUUGCUUACUUGCUAUCAUACCUAAAGUAAAGUGAAACUCUAAUUAUUUAGUCUUUACCUACAUCCUAGACCCGAGAUGCAAUUAAUAUUCCCUAACAGAGACACUGAGCUACCUGAACAUUCAACCAAAGUUCUUUUCCAACAUUAAACCAUCCAUUUUCAAAAUACAGAAAUACUUUUCUCAGAAGUGGGGAAUUUGAAGGACUUUCCUUGUAGUGGCCAGGCUCAAUCAAUUACUUUUCUCUGAAUCCUGCAAAAUGCCUGGCCAUCUCUUCUGUGAAGCAGAAAUCACAGAGCAUUGUUCUGACUUGUUUUGAAAAUGUUCAGCAAUCACUUUCCUAUUGGUCCUACAUAUAAAAUCUGCACAGAACACUGUUGAGCAGCCCAAAGUAGUAGCAGUUUUUUUUUUCCUCACCCAGUGAUUAGGCUUGCCAGAAUGAAAGUGGAGUUUCUUCAAUACCCAUCAUUUUUAAGCAAGAAAAUAACAUAUUCUGUACAUCUUUUAAGUGUUUGGAAACCUUUUGUCUAUCUAAAUAUAUCUUGGUAGGACUCUGGAAAUAUUCCUAACAUUAUAUUUUAUUGUUAUAAGUGUUUAAUUGUAGAAGGAGCUGUGGGCUGCUAGGCUCCCGCACAGCUAGCUUUAUACCCAAAAUAACAACACACCUGGCCCAUUAGUUCUAGCCUCUUCUUGUCUAACUCUCAUAUCUUGAUUAACCCAUUUCUAUUAAUGUAUGUAGCACCACAAGGUGGUGGCUUACCGGGCAAGAUUCAGCAUGUCUGACCUGAUGGCUGGAUCCAUGGCAUCUGGCCCAGAGAGGAGAGGCAUGGCAUCUGGCCAACUUCCCUUCUUCCCAGCAUUAUGUUCUGUUUACUCCACUCACCUAUGUUCUCACCUAUCAUACCAAUUUAUUCUUUAUUAAUUAUCCAAUGAAAGCAACAGAUAGACAAAUGACCUUCCCACAUCAUUUAACUACUAAUUUGAGUUUCCAGAUUAUCCUAGUUUAUAAUAGUAGCUUUCAAAAACUUGAACCUUAUCUUAUACUUUUAAAUGUGUUUUAUAGAUACCAUACCUUAAAUAAUAAUAAAAAUAUAUAUGCACUAUAAUAAAAUAACUUAAAUACCAAAAUACAGGUAUCUAUAGCUUACCAAAAUCCAAAGCCUAUCAUAUUUCAUCUGCUGGAAAUGUGGGUGUCAUGUUCUCUGGAUUACUUCUUGAUAAAUAGGGGUGAAGACAUCUUUAGGGUUCCCUGAGAAAAUUUGAGAUAAUGUCCAAGUAGUUGGGAGAGCAUCUAUAAUCUUUAUUGAUAGUCAUCACUUGUCAAUAUUCAGGAGGUCUUCCCUGAUUAAACCUGAUCAAUGUCAUUCCUUAAAAAAAAAAAAUCCAUAGAAUUUAGUUUGCUAUGGAAACAAAGGCAAAAUCUAUUCUCAAAAAUAUUUUUAUAUCCAUUUAACAGAUACAUUUGACUCAUAUUUUAAAAUUAAAAUAAUGUAACAACAAAAGACCAAAUCAUCUAACAAAAAUCGGCUACACUCCUAAACAGAAAACUCUGAGCAGAUGAAUCUCAAAGGGCUGCGGGACACAUAAGCAAGUGCUCAGCAUGCUUAACUAUCAGAGAAAUGCAAAUCAAAACAGCUCUGAGAUUCGAUCUUACACCUGUCAGAAUGGUGAAGAACAAAAACUCUGAUGAAAGCUUAUGCUGGAAAGGAUGUGGGAUGAGGACAACAGUCCUCCAUUGGUGGUCUUGUAAACUUGUACAAUUGCUUUGGAAAUCAGUAUGGUGGUUUCUCAGUUAAUUAGGAAACAAUUUACCCCAAGACCCAGCAAUAUCGCUGUUGAGUAUAUAACCAAAUGACAUUCAAGUAUAUGACAAGAACAUGUGCUCAACUCUGUUUAUAGCAGCAUUAUUUGUAAUAGCCAGAACCUGGAAAAAACCUAUGGUGUGGGAAGAGCUUUUGUAUAUGUGCUACUUUUAUUGGUUAAUGAAUAAAGAAGUUGUUUUGGCCAAUAGCUUAACAGAAUAGAGCUAGACGGGGGAAAACUAAACUAAAUGCUGUGAGAAAAAAAGUGGAGUCAGAAAGACACCAUGGAGCCACCAGAGGAGGAAGAUGUAAGCCACCACCUAAAAGCAUGCUGAUAGAUCAUGACCCUUAUGGUAGAAUAAAAAAUAAUAAAAAUUGGUUAAUUUAAGAGAUUAGAGUAAGCUAAAAAUACACUUAAGAUAUUGGUCAAGCAGUAUUUCAAAUAAUAUUGUUUCUGAGUGUUUAAUUUGGUGCUGAGCAUCUGGGAACCAACUAAAUGCUUCCACCAACAAACCUAGAUGCCCCUUAACCAAAGAAUAGAUGAAGAAAAUGUGAUACUUUUAAACAAUGGAGUACUACACAAAGGUAAAUUUUAAUGGCAUCUUGAAAUUUGCAGGCAAAUGGAUGGAUCUAGAAAAAACAUAUUGAGUGUGGUAACCCAGACCCAGAAAGACAAAUAUAAUAUGUAUUCACUCAAAAGUGGUUCUUAGUCAUAAAGCAAAGAAAAUCCAGCCUAGAAUCUACAACCCUGGAUAAACUAGACAACAGAAGUCCCUAAGAAAGACAUACAUGAAUCUACAUAAGGUCGUGGAAAAGACAAGAUUUCUGAGUAAAUCAGGAGUGUGAGGGUCACCGGGGAGAGUAGGAGUGAGGAGUAGAAAGGAGGGGAGGGGAGAAAAUUGUAAAGCUCAAUAAAAACAAUAGUAACAAAAUGAUAACCCAAAAUACCUAAAUUGUUUCAAUUUUGUAGUGCUGUUUAUAAUACCAUGUCUUCCACCAGCUAUCUGGUGCCCAUCAGCCAUCAAAAAGGUCAGAGUCAACACAAUACAAUACAGGAUCUUGACUCCUUGUGUAUUUCCCAUCAUUACAUGACUUUUAAAAUUUCUAUUAGUGUGAUUAUCUUUUUAAAGACGUUACUAUUUUUUAAAUCUAUUUCUAUAAAUGUCUGUACCUAUUGUCUUUGCUUUUUUUUGUUUGUUUGUUUUGUUUUGUUUUGUUUUUUGUUUUUUCGAGACAGAGCUAGUUCCAGGACAGGCUCCAAAGCCACAGAGAAAACCUUGUCUUUGCUUUUUAAAGCCUAUGCAAAUUGUAAAAUACACUGGAAAUAUUUUACGGGUUUUUUUCAAUCUGAACCUGUUUAACUGAAUAUCAUUUUGCCUUUUUAAAAGAAGAUUUAUUUAUUUAUUAUGUAUACAACAUUCUGCCUCAAUAUAUGACCGCACGCCAGAGGAGGGCGCUAGAUCUCAGUAGAGGUGGUUGCUGGGAAUUGAACUCAGGACCUCUGGAAGAGCAGCCAAUGCUCUUAACUUCUGAGCCAUCUCUCCAGCCCCCUCAUUUUGCCUUUUUGAAAACAUAAGCCUUUAAACUACUGUGCAGCAUUGAGCCCCACUGGUAACUUUGACUGCAGUCUCUUCCUGCUUCUCUGUUCGUGAAAACUAACCACUAAGCUUGCAGCCAUGUAGAAAGUGUGCUUCAGGAACUACAUUCUCCUUUUAUAUUUCUGGAAAUCUGAUUCUUGUGCUGCUUGCAGACUUUUUAUGGUUAAAAUUUUCAUGUGCCCGCUACUCAAGGGCUUCUUUUGUAAGGCAGAAACAUCUUUACAUAUUCUUUCUUUUUUUCUUUAUUAAAAAUUUCUAUCUCCUCCCCUCCUCCCAUUUCCUUCCCACUCUCCCCUCUCCCUCCCCCCCUCUCCAGUCCUAAGAGAAGUCUGGGUGUGCUGCCCUGUGGGAAGUCCAAGGUCCUGACCCCUCCAUCCAGGUCUAGGAAGGUGAGCAUCCAAACAGACUAGGCUCCCACAAGGCGAGCCCAUGCUGUAGAAUCAAAACCCAGUGCCAUUGUCCUUGGCUUCUCUGUCACCCCUCAUUGUCAGCCACAUUCAGAGAGUCCGGUUUGAUCACAUGCUCCAUUAGUCCCAGUCCAUCUGGACUUGGUGAGCUCCCAUUAGAUCAGCCCCACUGUCUCAGUGAGUGGGAGCAACACUCGUGGUCCUGACUUCCUUGCUCAUGUUCUCCCUCAUUCUGCUCCUCAUUUGGACCUUGGGAGCUCAGUCCAGUGCUCCAAUGUGGGUCUCUGUCUCUAUCUCCAUGCAUCACCAGAUGAAGGUUCUAUGGUGAUAUGCAAGAUAUUCAUCAGUGUGGCAAUAGGAUAAAGCCAGUUCAGGUGCCCUCUCCUCUGCUGCACAAGAAACAAGCUGUGGACAUCUCCUUGGACACCUGGGAACCCCUCUAGAGUCAAGUCUCUUGCCAACCCUAAAAUGUUUCCCUUAAGUAAGAUAUCUACUUCCCUGCUCUCAUAUCCACCCUUCCUCUAUCUCAACCUUCCCAUUCUCCCAAGCUCUCCCCAUCCUCCCCUUCUCUCUUCUCUCUCCCCAUCUCCCCUUCCUCCUACCCCACCCCCAUCCUCGUGCUCUGAACUUUUGCCUGGCAAUCUUGUCUACUUCCAAUAUCCAGGAGGAUAACUAUAUGUUAUUCUUUGGGUUCACCUUCUUAUUUAGCUUCUCUAGAAUCACGAAUUAUAGGCUCAAUGUCCUUUAUUUAUGGCUAGAAUCCACUUAUGAGUGAGUACAUACCAUAUUCAUCUUUUGGGGUCUGGGUUAUCUCACUCAGUAAAGUGUUUUCUGUUUCCAACCAUUUGCAUGCAACAUUCAAGAUUUCGUUGUUUUUUUACUGCUGAGUAAAACUCUAAAGUGUAUAUGUGCCACACCUUCUUUAUCCAUUCUUCUAUUGAGGGGCACCUAAGUUGUUUCCGGAUUCUGGCUAUUACAAAUAGUGCCGCUAUGAACAUAGUUAAACAAAUGCUUUUGUAGUGUGAUUGGGCAUCUCUUGGGUGUAUUCCCAAGAAUGGAAUUGCUUGGUCCUGAGGUAGGUUGACUCCCAGUUUCCUGAGGAACCACCACACUGAUUUCCAAAGUGGUUGCACAAGUUUGCAUUCCCACCAGAAAUGGAUGAGUGUUCCCCUUACUCUACAUCCUUUCCAGCAUAGGCUAUCAUUGGUGUUUUUGAUUUUAGCUAUUCUGACAAGUGUAUGAUGGUAUCUCAGAUUUGUUUUGUUUUGGAUUUCCCUGAUCGCUAAAAAGGUUGAGUAUGACCUUAAGUGUCUUUUGGCCAUUUGAACUUCUUCUGUUGAGAAUUCUAUGUUCAGUUUAGAAUUAAAAACCCAUUUUUUAAUUGGGUUAAUUAGAGUCUUAAUGUCUAGUUUGUUGAGUUCUUUAUAUAUUUUGGAGAUCAGACCUUUGUCUGAUGCGGGGUUGGUGAAGAUCUUCUCCCAAUCAGUAGGUUGCCUUUUUGUCUUAAUGACAGUGUCCUUUGCAUUACAGAAUCUUCUCAGUUUCAGGAAGUCCCAUUUAUUCAUUGUUGCUCUUAUUGUCUGUGCUACUGGGGUUCUACAUAGGAAGUGGUCUUCUGUGUACAUGUGUUGCAGUCUACUUCCCACUUAAUCUUCUAUCAGGUUCAGUGUGGUCAGAUUAAUACUGAUAUUAACACACAAACCUAUGAACACCUAUUUUCGACAUAGGAGCUAAAAUUAUAAAAUGGAAAUUUCUUUAUUGUAUAUGAGAAUUUUCCUGUAUAUAUAUAUAUAUAUACACAUGCACCGUGUGGGUACCUGAUUCUCACAGAGGUCAAAACAUGAUCCCAGAAAACCAGAGCUUGUUCUAAUAUAUAGUUGUGAUUCCCUUUUCAGUACAGACAAUUGAACACACCUAUAUGCAAGCCAGCGAGUUCUCCUUUUUAGCCCUCUUUCCUGCCCUGUGUUGAUUACUUGGUAUCAACAUUUAUAUAUAACUUUUUAACUUAAAUACACAGUUCCUUUAGUUAAGCUUUUUAUGUUAUAGUUUAAAUUAGCAUACUUCAGGUUUCUGGAAGAUGAAUACAGAGCGGGAGUUAAUGCAUAAUGCUUCAUAGGAGUUUCACCCAACACCUAUGUAUUUUUCUGUGAAUUUUUGUUUGUUUUUUGUUUUGGUUUUUGCUGGUUUUGCAUAGAUAAUAGGUUCUUAAUAUUUAAUCCUGACUGUCCUGGACAUGAUUAAUAAACUUGUACAGCAUUUAAAUUGGAGGCCUCUGCCUUCUGAGUGCUGGAAUUAAAGGCAUGAGUCUUUACCCUUCUUGUUCUUCAUUUUUGUAUUCAGUAAUUAAUUGUUCAUUCAAUUUUUCCUAUGUGUUCUCUGUACUUCUGAUCUGUUUACUUGUCUCUCUAUGUUUGUUUAUAGGCAUUUUUCUUGCAGGUGAUAUUCCAUUCAGGGGUAUAGAAAUGAUAGAGGUGGACAUUAUCCUAUUUAGUUUCCUUCAAAAGUUACUUGGUGACUGAAUUAAAAUAUCUAUGGUAUGGAAUAAUUGGGGGUCAGCCGCAAAAUUAUAUGCGUAUACUGUCAAAGAAUUAUACAUUUACAAUGUUGUCAUCAUCAUGCUUUCUAUUGUACAUGUAUAUUGGAAAUUUUAGAAUGCAGUGACCUAUGAUGAUGUGCAUAUUGAUUUUACGUGGGAAGAAUGGACUUUGCUGAAUCCUUCCCAGAAGAAUCUCUACAAAGAUGUUAUGCUGGAGACCUACGGGAAUCUCACUAUUAUAGGAUACACUUGGGAAGAUCAUAAUAUUGAAAAUCAUUCUCAAUGGUCUAGAAGAUAUGAAAGGUAACUUUCAUGGGCAAGCUGAUACAAAUGCUCUUUCUCCAUCCAAAGAAUCUGCAUGAUGACGUGUACUGCCUGAACCUCUGCCCAAUGUGAAGAUUCCCCUUUAUCAGUUUCUUACAAGGUUGCUUCAGAAGUAUUGAAAUGCGACACCUGUCCACUUUUGGACCUAAAUGACAUACAGAACCAUCAUCAUUAAACCAGGCUCUUGUCUUCUCCUCCUCAGUCAACCAAUCAUAAGAAACACCCCAAGAGACUAUGGGUGCAUGCUUGACAUCAGAAGCAAUGUAAUGGGUGUAGAAACCCUAUGUAUUUGGACAACUUCUUCAUAUAGCUUGCUUGUGCCUUCAGAAACUGGUUGAGCCUGAUCUCUUAUAUACCACUUCCAUUUGAUAACUGAUUGUUGCUGUGCAUGUCUUAUGUUAUGGGUCCAAUAACACCCAGAGUAUGAUGGACAAUUUAUAUCAGACUGUUAGGUGGUGGACCAAUGUCAAAUGUUCAGUCUCUCCCACAAGCUGGGAAUAAUGGCUUGUCACAUGCUUAGGCUUUUUUAUUUUUGAAAAUGAAUCUUAGGGCACCAAUGGCAGACACUUAAAUUUACUUUGAGAGUUAUUGUAUUGUCCUGUCCCUACUCUCCAAGGAUCCUUUUCUUGUACGUUAUUCAGUUUUCUAUGGGUGGGUGCGUGUGCGUGUAUGUUUGUGUGUGUGUGUAUAUAGACAAUUUAGCAAGGCUUUAGUACUCCCACUGACCUUUCUGCCUCUGCUUUAGUGAUAUAUCGUAUGUAUUUUAAUGAAUAAAUCUUGCCUGAAAAUCAGAAUAUAAAACAGCCAAUGCAGUGGUGGCACAAAACUUUCAUUCCAGCAGCGACCCUAGUUAGCAAGAGGCCAGGUGGUGAUGGUGUAUGCCACCUAUUGACACAAAAAAGUGGAAAUAUAGUGAUAUUUCAUUUGUAUUUUAUUUUCUAGAGCUUGCCUGAAGAUCAGAACACAAAACAGCCACACUAUUCAGCCAUACAGACUAGGCAGUUGUAGCACUCUACUUUAAUCACAGCAGCCACACUUAUUAGUCAUAGAGCCUGGGUGGUGGUGGUGCACACCUUUCUCCCAGUGUUAGAGAGGAACAUGAAGCAGGAUGAAAGAGGAACUCACUCUCUUUCAGUCUGAAUAUUUCACAAAGGUAAAACUCUCUAGUAGCUUGGCUGUUUUGUUUUUCUGAUGAUCAGGUCGAACCCCUGUGUGUUUAUUAUUCAUGCUACACUCUGUGUCCAGAUAACUGGUACUAAAAGAAUGCACUAGCUGGACUAGAGAGAUGGCUCAGUGGUUAAGAGCAUUGCCUGCUCUUCCAAAGGUCCUGAGUUCAUUUCCAGGCAACAACAUGGUGGCUCACAACCAUCUGUAAUGACGUCUGGUGCCCUCUUCUGGCCUAUAGACAUACACACAGAAUAUUGUAGAAUAUAUAUAUAUAUAUAUAUAUAUAUAAAGAGAGAGAGAGAGAGAGAGAGAGAGAGAGAGAGAGAGAGAAUGCACUAUCACCCAGAGCUUGAAUAUCAAGUUUUAUCUUGCAAGUCUCUUCUUCUUAUGGUGACCAGAGAGGCCCAGAGAGGGUGUAUGAAUCCUAUUUACCAGAGUUACAGAUUGUAAUGCGAGUCUAUAUAAACUUAGAGUGGAAGAUGGAUGCUCUGAAAGAAUCUUCAGAGCACAUAACUCCUAAAGUAUUUGCCACCCUGUUUUAUAUACUUGAUUUUCUUUCAUGUAUAAGCCAACCUAAUCAGAGUCAGCCAUCUGAUGCUGGUUAAAGAGUAGAAUUCUUCUCCCUUUGAGAUAAUUAGCCUCAGGCAAGGAUAAACUCCCCAACUCUUUAUCCAAUUCAGCCUGCUGAGACCAUUAUCCAUAUAUUUACAUAUUCAACAAAAUGGAUACAGCAAGUUAUAUUUGUGUAUUUCAGUAUAUGUAUUCACCCAUACUUAACAUGGAAGAAGUUGGAAAGGGAGAAAUAGAUGGACUGAAGAGAUAAAAGGGGAAUAUCAUGUAAUAUUUUUAAUUAACAAUUUAUAGAAAUACAUUUCAAAUAAAAGAGGGAUAGAUAGAUGGCUCAACAAUUAAGAAGUGCCCAUAAGUCUAUAUCUCCUCAUAGGCUGCUGCAGCCACUCAGGGAACUGUGCCUUCCCUACCGGGAACUUGUUACUCUCAGAACCCACUGCAGCUGCCUGCCCACAUCACUCUCUGCCUGCCACUGGGGACCUGUAGCAUUUUUGCCACUGCAACCACCAGCGAUCUGCAGCAUUUUUACUUAAUCCAUUACACCUAUUAUACACUCACCUAUUAUGAGUUCCAGGGCUACACAGAUAAACCCUGUUUCAAAAAAAACAGGGAAAAAAGAAUAAGAUCCACCUGCAAUCUGAACUGCAUCUUCUGGUAGCAGCCGGCAUAUAUUAAAGAUAUUGAAGAAGGAAGAUCUCUCUCUUUGCCUGUUUGCAUUAUCUCUGGCUACAAGAUCAUUCCCUUACUAUUAUUAAAGCCUAUUUCUUUGGAAUUUUGCCAUAUACUGAAGACCAGCUGAGACAUCCAGGAUCAUAGACUAAGCAACUACUGAACUCUUCGAAUUUCCAUUGUGCCAUUUUCAGGUUUGUCUUUGAAGAUGAGCUGUUACCAGUGUUUGUGCUGUGCUGCAGAUACUGCUACAGGGAUUGGAGUGGAGAGCUUGGGCAAGCCCGGAAACCACGACGUGAAUGCAGUUACCUAUGGUGAUGUGCAUGUUGACUUCACUUGGGAAGAAUGGGCAUUGCUGGAACCUUCCCAGAAGAAUCUCUACAAAGAUGUGAUGCUAGAGACCUACAGGAACCUCACUAUUAUAGGAUACAAUUGGGAAGACGAUACUAUUGAACAACAUUGGCAACAUUCUACAGGGUAUGAAAGGCAGAAAAAAAGUCAAACUGGAGAGAAACCUUCUUUAUCUACUCAGUGUCUUAAAGCCCUUGGAUAUGAUAGUCAUCUUCAAAGGCAUGAAAGAACAAAUCCUAAAGUGAAACCGUAUGAAUGUAAUCAGUAUGAUAAAGACUUUGUACAUCAUAGUCAUCUUCAAAUGCCUAAUAGAACACAUACUGGAGAGAAAACAUAUGGAUGUAAUGAAUGUGAUAAAGCCUUUACAUGUAUCAGUCAUCUUCAGAGGCAUAUAAUAAGACAAACUGGUGAAAAACCUUAUGAAUGUGAUCAAUGUGGUAAAGCUUUUGUAUGUCAUAGUCAUCUUCAAAGACAUAAAAGAACCCAUACUGGAGAGAAACCCUAUGAAUGUAACGAGUGUGGUAAAGCCUUUUUAUGUAUCAGUGAACUUCAAAGACAUAUAAUGAGACACACUGGAGAGAAACCCUAUGAAUGUAGUCAGUGUAGUAAAGCCUUUGUGUGUAUCAGUGAUCUUCAAAGACAUAUAAGAACACAUGCUGGAGAGAAACCCUAUGAAUGUAAUCUGUGUGGGAAAGCCUUUGCAAGGCAGGGUUAUCUUCAUAUUCAUAAAAGAACACAUACUGGAGAGAAACCCUAUGAAUGUAAUCAGUGUGGGAAAGCUUUGGUAAGUCAAAAAACUCUCCGAACACAUGAAAGAAUGCAUACUGGAGAAAAACCUUACGAAUGUAAUCAGUGUGGUAAAGCUUUUGUAUGUCACAGUCAUCUUCAAAGGCAUAAAAGAACCCACACUGGAGAGAAACCCUAUGAAUGUAAUCAGUGUGGGAAAGCCUUUGUAUGUAUCAGUGAUCUUCAAAGGCAUAUAAGAACACAUACUGGAGAGAAACCCUAUGAAUGUAAUCAGUGUGGGAAAGCCUUUAUAAGUCAAAAAACUCUCCGAACACAUGAAAGAACGCAUACUGGAGAAAAACCUUACGAAUGUAAUCAAUGUGGUAAAGCUUUUGUAUGUCACAGUCAUCUUCAAAGGCAUAAAAGAACCCAUACUGGAGAGAAACCCUAUGAAUGUCAUGAGUGUGGUAAAGCCUUUGCAUGUAUCAGCGAUCUUCAAAGGCAUAUAAGAACACAUACUGGAGAGAAACCCUAUAAAUGUCAUGAGUGUGGUAAAGCCUUUACAAGGCAGAGUUAUCUUUACAUUCAUAUAAGAAUACAUACUGGAGAGAAACCCUAUGAAUGUAAUCAGUGUGGGAAAGCCUUUGCAAGUCACAGUUAUAUUCAGAAGCAUAAAAGAUCCCAUACUGGAGAGAAACCCUAUGAAUGUAAUCAGUAUCGUAAAGCCAUUUGCCCAUCACAGCACUCUUCCAAAGCAUAAAAGGACACAUAACUCGAGAGAAGGACUAUGCUUGUAAUCAUUAUGGUAGAGGAUUUGGUCAUCAUAAUACUGUUCAACAGCAUAAAAGGACACACACUGGAGAGAAAUCCUAUGAAUUUUAUCAGUGUGGUAAAGGUUUGGCAUAUCACAGUCAACUUCAAGGCAUAAAAGAACACAUACUGGAGAGAAACCCUAUGAAUAUAUGUGUUAAAACUUCUGCUCAUUGUGGAGGCCUAAAAUUGUGAGCCUGUUAACAAUUGAUUAAAGGUCAGAGAAUUGGGACUUUCCUCUAGUUCCUUCAAGGUUAUUGUGAUUUUACCUCAAACAAAUGCCCCACCAACAUAUAGGUCCAAGAGUUCCGCUCUCUCAAGGAUAUUUUCAACAGGUGUUUCUAAUUGUCAGAACUUGUACUCCAGGAAUAGAGAAGUAGAUCUCUUCCUACCUCAAACAAAUUGUAAGGAUUGGACUAAGUUCCAGUUUUCUUGAUGAAGAAACUUGGGAUUCUACUGAGGGAGUGGUUUGCCUACGGAAUGUUUUGGUCUAAGGUGUAAGCAUGACUUGUUUUGUUAUAAUUUUUAACUGUGCAUGUAGCUCAUAAAUUUCAGUUAAUACUAGUUCAUUUCCUUGUACUAUGUUAAUGCAGUCUUUUGUCUUACUCCUACAUUUUGGGGUCAAGGAUAUUUUAAGCAGUUGGAAAUUAAAUGCAGGUGAAUUUUCAGUACUCACUGGAAUUUCCUUCCAAUACUA